UAAAGCAAGCAGAGUCGAGCGGAUCCGUACAGAGCUAGGCUAUAAAUCCCCGAUCAGAUGGACCUCUACAGAAUCUGAAAAGCCGGACUAAAACUCGGACUAAAGACCCGAACUAAACCCUGGAUCAAAGACCUCGAUUCAACCCGGAAACUCCCGGAACGGAAACCGGAUCAAAGCCCGAGUCUCGGCACAUUUAGAUUGGAGUGAAGACGCCUCAUUGCUCGGGCCUGCUCCUCCAAAAUGGCCGACACAGAGGUCUCCUUGUCCCCGGCUUUGCGUCCGCUCCACCUUAGCCCCUCCCACUCAGCACCACCUCUUCCACCUGCCUCCUCCACCUCCCCCACCACCUUCUCCUGCCCCUCCUCCCCCUCCAGUGCCUCAUCUACCUCCUCUUCUUCAUCAUCUUCCUCAUGCUCUGAAAGCUCCUCUGACUGCCCAGUCCACCACCACCACCACCACCGUCAUCAUCAUCAUCACCCCCGCCCCCAGCUGCAACUGCCCCCACCUUCCCACAGCGAGCAGCCUUCCUCCCCCAGCGCCAGCCCCCGCAGCUCCAGCCCUAGCGGGAGCAUCGGCAGCACUGGCAGCCUCGGCAGCAGCGCCAGUGAGGGCAUCGGCAGCAGUGGCAUGUCGAGUACCGGCGACCCGCGAGGCCCCAGCCCCCCGCUGGACGUCAUCUCAGAGGAUGCCAUGGAGAUGGACCUGGGGGUCGACCAAGUGAUCGACCCAGAAGUUGCUCUGAAGGCUUGCCAGGAAGUCCUUCUCAAGGUCAAGCUGCAAAACAGAGAAGUGCCUGAACAGCAACAAGUUGACAACAAACAACAACAACAGGACGAUCAACAACAACAACAACAACAACAUUACACAGACUCAACAGAGUGCUCCAGCCCACAGUGGCACAUCAGCCCGGACACCAGCUCCAUCAAAGAGGAGGAAGAGGAGGAAGAGGAGGAAGAGGUGGAGGGGAGUUGUAGGAAGGAUGGGGGUAAACAAGGCGAUACCUACCAGCAAAACCCACCUCCUGCAGCACGGCCAGAGUCCUCCUCACUGCUGUCGGCAUCAUCAUCAUCAUCAUCAUCUAAACAGUCGUGGCUGCUGCGCCUGUUCGAGUCCAAGCUGUUUGACGUUUCCAUGGCAAUCUCCUACCUGUACAAGUCAAAGGAGCCAGGGGUGCAGGUGUACAUUGGAAACCGCCUCUUUAGCUUCCCCGACAGCGAGGUGGACUUCUACCUGCCGCAGCUGCUCAACAUGUAUGUGCACAUGGACACCGAGGUGGGAGAUGCCAUCAGACCGUACCUGAUCCACCGUUGCAGAGGUGAGAUAACCUUCUCACUGCUGACGGCUUGGCUGCUGGGUGCUUACUCCUCUGACAUGCACAUCUCCACCCAGCGUCACUCCAGAGGCACCAAACUCCGAAAACUCAUCCUGUCUGAUGAGCUCAAACCUUCAGCUCCUCCACCAGAUGCUCACAGAGCAGUUUCAGCUUCUGUUUCUGAAAGCCCGGUGUCCUCGCCAACCCACCGUCGCUGCCACCGAAGGCACAACAGCAGCAACAUGGAAUCUGGCCCCUCCUACUCUACGGCUGGCCCAGACAGCCCUGUACAGGGAGAGGUGGAAGUGUUUGUUUCUCCAUCCAGGAGGACCCACCAGAGAUCCAAGUCAGACGCCACCAUGGCAAGCAGCGGGCCCGGCUCCGGCCUCCGACGGACAGGAAGUAACCCGAAAGUGGAGGCUGUCCAUGAGGAGCCGGAGCGUUUGCGUCCUCAGAGGGAGCUGGUCAAGUCUCUGCUCUGCAUUGGGAAGCGUUUGGCAACACUGCCCACCAAAGAGCAGAAGACCCAGCGGCUGAUUUCAGAGCUGUCGCUGCUCAACCACAAGCUGCCGGCCCGAGUGUGGCUGCCCACCGCCGAGCACCAGCACCACGUCUGCAGGAUCCCACACACACAGGCUGUGGUGCUUAACUCUAAGGACAAGGCUCCGUACAUCAUCUACGUGGAGGUGUUGGAAUGCGAGAGCUUCGAGACAUCUCCAGUUCCUGUUCGGAUCCCAGAGACGAGGAUCCGCUCAGCUCGCUCCGCGGAGAACCUGGACUGUGGUGGUGGCAUCACUGUGGCUAACACUAAUGGUGGCAGCGGGAUGACGUCAGAGCACAGAGCAGGAAGUUUCUCCACCGUCCCCAACUACGACAAUGACGAUGAGGCGUGGGCCACCGAUGACAUCGGACAGCUGCAGGUGGAGGUGGAGGCUCAGACCAGCAGCUCUGAUAACAUCAGUCAGUUUUCAGUCGACAGCAUCACCAGUCUGGAGAGCAAAGAGCCGGUUUUCAUUGCCGCCGGAGACAUCAGACGUCGUCUGUCGGAGAACCUCGCUCACACUCCGACUUCAUUCAGGAGAGACCCUGAGGAUCCGUCAGCUGUCGCCCUCAAAGAACCCUGGGAGGAGAAAGUCAGGAGGAUCAGAGAAGGCUCUCCAUACGGUCACCUGCCAAACUGGCGACUGCUGUCUGUCAUUGUGAAGUGUGGAGACGACCUGAGACAAGAGCUGCUGGCCUAUCAGGUCCUUCGACAGCUGCAGUUGAUCUGGCAGCAGGAAAGAGUUCCUUUGUGGAUCAAACCGUAUAAGAUCCUGGUGAUGUCAUCAGACAGCGGGAUGAUUGAACCCGUUCUCAACGCUGUCUCUCUGCACCAGGUGCGUAAACAGAGUCAGCUGUCUCUGCUGGACUACUUCCUGCAGGAACAUGGCAGCUUCACCACAGAAGCUUUCCUUACCGCUCAGAGGAACUUUGUCCAGAGCUGCGCCGGAUACAGCCUGAUCUGUUAUCUGCUGCAGGUCAAAGACAGACAUAACGGGAACAUCCUGCUGGACUCUGAAGGUCACAUCAUCCACAUCGACUUUGGCUUCAUCCUCUCCAGCUCUCCUCGUAACCUUGGCUUUGAGACGUCUGCAUUCAAACUCACAUCAGAGUUUGUUGAUGUGAUGGGUGGCCUGGACGGUGACAUGUUUAUCUAUUACAAGAUGUUGAUGCUUCAGGGUCUCAUUGCUGCCAGGAAACACAUGGAGAAGGUGCUGCAGAUAGUGGAGAUAAUGCAGCAAGGUUCCCACCUGCCAUGCUUCCAUGGCUCCAGCACCAUCCGAGGUCUGAAGGAGCGUUUCCACAUGUCUCUGACAGAGGAGCAGCUUCAGCUGCUGGUGGAGCAGCUGGUGGACGGAUCCAUGCGCUCCAUCACCACAAAACUCUACGACUCCUUCCAGUACGUCACCAAUGGCAUCAUGUGACCUGUGACAACAACAGCUUGUUCAGACACUGAUGUUUAAACUUUUACCAGCUGCUUUUGUUUGGAUUCAGCAGACUUCUGAUCUUCGCUGGAGUCGGAGAAUUUAAAUAUUCAUGGCGCUGUUGGGAAUUACUGGAUUUGAUUUUCUCGUUAACCUCCAUUCUGUUUUUCCACGUCUGUCUCUGCAGUCUUUAACGGAUUUGUUUUGAAUGUGAUGGACUGAUCGGCACAACAAUGAGCUGAUCUGAUUUCAUGUGAUCUCUGAUUUGGUGUUCUAAAUUCAUUGGCAGCUGGACAAGUACAUCAUUUGGGACUUUUCCAGGUCGGGUUUUACAUCCUCUGAAGAAUUACACCUGGAAGAGAAAUGUAAAACUGGCUGGAAGCAUCAGAACUCAAGGUUCAUCCUGAGAUAAAUCUCAUCAAAAAACUGUUUAUUGACUUCUAUGGCAUUCUACUGGAUUUUACUCUGAACCAGCACACGCUUGAGCUCAGCUCAGCUCAGCUCAGAGUGUUCAGAUACAGAAUGUUUGUCGUGUUUGGAUCAGUUUUGAAGGUAAACGAUUCAUUGAAGGAGAGAAAUGAUAACUUGAUUACUGAUACAUUAAUUUAGUCAGUUAUUGACUCAAACUUCGUAGGGUACAGGCACAUCAGUAAAAUGACAAAUUGGGAUUUUCGGCUGCUGAUCAGACAAAAACAUUUGUUAGGUGUUUAUAUUUUAAAAGUAAUUCUGGCAACAAACUUUACUCAACAACUACAGAAGCCAAUGGAACUAAUGAACAGUACCAAGAUAGCCCAAUAUUUCACUGUUAUGUAGUUAAUUUAGAUUUUGAAUCCUCAGAAAACCACAAAUCAUUUAACUUAUCUGCUAGAACUCCAAUUAGAAUAAAGUUUGACAGCAGCUUAAAAAUUUGAAUAACAUUUUUUUUCCAACCCUACAAUAUUCAAUAGCUUUUACGGUGAAAGAAUAAAAUCUGAGUGACAGUCCGUUCUGUCACCUCUAUGUUUGGUUGUUCUUAAAGAACAGAGCAGUGAGAAAAACACUACAUUACAACAUUAACUUGAUGUUGUUUUCUCUGGAUGUUCAGAGAAAAGACAAAACAGCAAAGAAAGAAAAGUGACUGAAAAUAAUACCACUCUUUAGUUUGAAGUGUUAUCUGAGACCAGUUUAUCUUCCAACAGAAUUGCUUGAUGUGUUUAGUUUUGUUUUCACCAGACAUUUAUCACAAUUGUAUCUAAAAAAAAAAAAGAAAAAAUUAGAAUCUAAUUUGAGUUUACCCUGGAAGCUAAUUCCAGGGUUCUCCACUGUUUGGCUUCAUGACUUUUCAUCUAGCACCACCAUGAAGUCAGAAGUAUUAAUCCAAUACAAGUUCAUGGCAAGAAAUAAAUGGCUAAAUAGCCUUAGCUGUACUUGAAGCAUGUGAAGUAUUAGCACUUGCUAACUGUGAGCAUGCAUGCUAAAAGUAGUACGCUAAAUGCUUGAACCUCUCAAAGCUGCAUGUGGGCCUAAGUGCUUAGGUGUUCGUCCACAUUAGUGUGACUUUUUUAUACUUUUAGAAACAUGAACUUAAAUUUUUACCUUUUCAUUUUAGAUCAGCUAAUUGAAGAAGAUAUUGAAGGAAAUUUGAAUAGUCAUUUUGCACAACUACAAUUCCAACCUAACAAGCUAAACAUCAUUUGCUUAACACCAGCAUCCAACAGUAGCUAUCAAGAAUGUGAACAUGCUAAUGUUAGCAUGCGCCUAUAGUUGUUUUUUAAAUCCAAAUAUAAACUGUGACCCUGUUUUCAGUAUAAGAACGAAGGCAUUGUUGAAAGUUACAUGUUUUAUGUUAUAUGCUCGGAUUUUCCUCCCGAGUGCUGCGCUCAGAGUUGAAAUUAUUUGAACUUUGACCGUGCCACUGCGCCGCAUCUGGCGGUGAGUGAAGCGUGUUGUUCUUAUCACGUGAAGGCGGUUGCAGGGGGGCUGAAGCCCAUCCCAGUUGACAUUGGGCAAGUGGCAGGGUACACCCUGGACAGGUUGCCAGACUAUCACAGGGCUGACACAUAGAGACAAACAACUAUUCACACUCACAUUCACAUCUACGGGCAAUUUAGAGUCACCAGUUAACCUGCAUGUCUUUGGACUGUGGGAAGAAGCUGAAGUACCUGGAAAAAACUCAUGCUGACAUGGGGAGCACAUGCAGACUCUGCACAGAAAGUCUCCCCCACCGUGGGUUCAAACCAGGAAUCUUCUUGCUGUGAGGUGGCAAUGCUAACCACUGCAUCACUGUGCCGCCCAAAAGAAACAGGAUGUAUUAUGAAUUAUUAAUUCACUAACAGGCCAAAACCUAAGGAACUAAAAAAGUUGAAUAAACGUGACAAGUGUCUGGUGAAAAAAGAUAACCAAUUAAAAUGUAAUGUGUCAGCUCAUCAAUUUAUUUAAUCUGCAUGUUUGUCACUCAGUUAUUUUAUUUUUUUUCCAUGUAGUUUCAGUUUAAGAAAGGUCCCUGUUUAAUUUCAUUUCAUUCACUCAGUUCUGUGUAUUUUUGAGUUUCAGUUCACUAUACGACAUGAUGAUGAUGCUAUCAUUAACAAAACUCUACGAUGUUGAAUUAAAAAAUAACCUUUAUAUGGAUGAGCAGUAACAGAGCAGACAGGUUUAGGUUAACUGUUUUCCUCCCCUGAGAUUCCACCUUACCUGAACGGUUCCCUGCCCUUUUUUGAGCCAAAAUGGCUACCAAGCAGUUAAAUGAUUUGUUGCAGCAGAUUUAUGCACGAACCUCCUCAUCCAUUUUCCACUAACUGUAUAUCUGUGUAUAACUCGGAGCUGAAAUAAUGUGUUACAGUUACGUGUCUGUUAAUGAUAUAUUUGCAUAUUUAACAAACGCUCAAUAUUCUUCCUCCCUGAUUGGCCCCCAAACUACAUUCCUGUGAUUAACUUUGGCCAAUCAGGAGAGGCGGCUCUGCGGAUCGGCUGAAUGAGAGCGAGAGACACUAAAUUUCUGUUUGACAGAAAGUUUAUUUUUCUUUAUGAGGAGAUCAGUUUCCUGAAUAUGUGAAUGUUUUUAUACAGAAACAGUCCACUAAAACAAAUUGUUUUUUUUCAGACAGAUGUGUUCUCAGUAUUGAUGAGCAAAUGGUUUCUUGUCUGUACUUACAGUUACAACAAUGUUGUAACUAAUGUUGGAAACACUUUCAAUGGCUUUAUUCCAGUGAAAUACUCCAGUGUAUUAACAUGUUGUUUUUACAUAAAGAAAUACUGCAUUUUUGUCUUUGAGAUCUGAGAUUAAGUGGGAUUUUUUGUGUAUUUGUAAACACUCUUUAGUUAACUCACUCGAUUAGGUGGCAAACAGUUUGUUCAGUUCUGUAACUGCAGUUUGUUCCUUUAUUUUAAAUAUAGCUGCAGUUACAAACAUCACGUAUAGAGUGCCCCAGGAAUGAGUCCUAAAACCUGAAAAUAAGUUAGCAUUUUACCACUCCUUGUUCUUGCUUUAAGAGACUGUGUGGAAAUGACACAAACAUACUUGGCUAGCAACCAUUUUAGGCGAGUUAUUGUCAUUCUAAUGGUUAAAGAUUCUAAUGGUUAGCUCCUUUUUAACUAAAAGUUCCUGUUUUAUCUCAUAAAAAUGUAUACGUUGUGUUAUAUAUGCAAAUUAAUAUUUUUUAAUGCAAGGCAGACAAUUUAAAGUCACAUAGCCCUUUAAUUAAUGCUACCUUCUAGCUAACAAGCUACUGUUGUACAUGAGCAGUGACUAUAGACUAUAGACUAUAUACACACUACAGUCUACAACAGCAGUGUUGAAUAAUAAUACAUUAUUAUCUACAAACUGUAUUUACUGUACUUUCAAUCAAUAUUCCCAGACCACUGUUUCUUCUUAGUCAUUAGUUUGACAGUGACUUAGCUAAAAUGGUUGCUAGCUUGUUAUAUUUUUCUAUUUUUCUCCACAGUCUAAUGUAAUGUUUUUUUGUUUGUUUGUUUUUGUUGUUUUUUUUUUUUUUGUCUGUCAAGCUUAAUUUUAAUUAUUUUUAUCAAUUAGUAGAAGGGCUAAAGCGUGUAGCUGACAAGCACAAAAGUGGAGUACAAGAGCAGUGCCUAGCUUGUUAGCUAGUUAAUGACAAACCUGAACACUCUAACAAGCUAGUUAGCCAACUAAAAAUAAGUUUAUUAUUUUUUUAAACACAUAAUUUCAUUUUAACUUUUUGCUUUUUUUAAAAAAAAUUUGAUUUAAUUUUAGUUUUAUUUUUUAAAAGAACAACUUGUUAACAAUCACAACAAGCUGUUUUCUGUUAGCAUCCUGGUGGAAAUUUACAUUUUAUAAACUAACCACAUGAUUAAAAAGAUAUUAUAAAAACUCUUCACUGGAAUAAAGCCAAUAUUUGGUGUUGUCAUUAACAUCUAGUUGUUUUUGGUGUUUUGACCACUAUUUAAGCACAGAUCUGUUAAUGUAAAAGCAGCAUCCUGUUACUGCCUGCUAACCAUUAGCCUGCUACUUAUAUGCCACCGCGCUUGACCAAGAUGCAGCUGUGACUAAAGUUUACCAGAUAAGCAACUUAAAUAGCAAAUCUUUCUUGUUCUUUUCAUUUGUGGAUAUGUAUGUAUGUAAAUGAACUGAGUUAGUUUUCUUGUGAGAAAAAAUAGAUGCCUUGAGAUGUACAGAAGGUACAAACUCUUAUCAAUGCAACCUGAGGGACGAAGGAGUUCGGGUCUCGGACCUGAGAAGUGCUUUUAUAUCUUAAGUCUGACCGCUUCAGGGACGAGUUUUGAUACUCAGAUGUGUUUAUCUCCUACACUGGUCUAGACCGAAGUAAUGUUAAUUUUAAUUUACAAGUUACUGUUGUCACAUUUAGACAAUAAAAACAUUUAUGAUGGCUAAAAUAACUAGUAGGCUCCUUUUUGAAGAAGUAUCCCCUGAUAUUGUCUCUAAAAUAAUAGCUAUUAAAUUAUUUUUUCUUUUUUUUCCCUGAGUGUGGUCUGGUGAAUCCUGGGAGGAAAACACUGCGGUCUGUUGAAACUCGUCCCUGCUACUAAAAACCUUUCAUUGCCUUGUUUCUUCGUUACAUCAGCUCGAACACAUUCAAGAAUUUCAAUGUGAAAAACUCUUAAAGUGCAGUUAUCCUGAAUGAAAAUGUUUUCUGUCAUUUGUAAAAGGUUCCUCCAUGUUUUUAACUUUAGUUGGUACUAAACAUUUAACACUGUAAA